UUGAGUAAGUCAACCCAAAUUUCUUCAAAAGAAUCCAAGACCAAAAAAGAUAAAGGAAAAGCCAAAGAGGGCAAGUCCGAUGAUGUAGAAGAAGAUCAAUCUACUAAAGCGCUAGUAUCGACAUUUGUUCCUGAGUUAAAUCUAAGGAAGGAAGAAUACGAUGAAGUCUGGAGGAAUAAAGAUGAAUCCGGAAACUUCCGACAAUAUCACUAUAGGUAUAUUAUCGAACAAGAGCAAAUGGCAGAAAUGGAAAACGAGUUAAGAAAAGUUGUCGAUGAAAUGAUGCGAGCAGAGUUAGAGCUUCUACAAGUAAGUGUAUAA